AAUCAAGUGGCCCUCGCCUAUUGUUUGAUACCACGGCACAUCUACCGCUACAUCUCCGAGUUUGCAAGAAUCGAACGAUUCUUGUGUCCUGCACGGACCGAUAAAUCGAUACCUACCUAACAAACGCAGAAAGCAAAAUUCUCACCCUUUCCGCUUUUCAAGAUUUGUGACACAAUUGGAGAGACCUCUUGCAUGCACACAUAUUUGGAUAAAUAACCUGAAUUUCCUUUUGUUUCAAGUUUAGAAUAAAAAUGUUAAAUGUUAAUUUUGCUACACAUUUUGGCUUGGAAAUGAUGCACAGUAGGAUGCAAAAUAAGCCUGCACUUUUAACUCAAAAUCGAAAAAUAUGGGAAAAGACGCUGAUCGAAUCCGAUGCAAAGUCACUGAAUUCUCUCCAGAGCAAUCACAGCAGGAAGGGCUCCGAUACAUCUCAGGUGUCUGUGGCGUCGGGGGGCAGCGGAGGUAACGGAGACGCUGCACCCCGACGCCACAACCCAGCCGAUGGCGAAGAGAAUACGUGGACUCUCUGGGGUCACAUAGUGGCUGACUGGGAUUAUCAUUGGAAGAAACGAAAAGAAUUUGUUAAGGAAUUGGUUCGUCAAGGCAUACCUCACCACUUCAGGGGCAUUGUUUGGCAAUUACUAAGCGGUGCCCAUGAUUCUCCAGUUAAGAAGCAAUUCGCCGAGUAUAUUAAAGCAACAUCAGCCUGCGAAAGGAUAAUUAGAAGAGACAUCGCUAGGACAUAUCCCGAACAUGAUUUUUUCAAAGAAAAGGAUGGUUUUGGUCAGGAGAGUUUGUUUAACGUUAUGAAAGCGUAUAGUCUGCAUGAUCGCGAAGUAGGAUACUGCCAAGGUUCAGGAUUCAUAGUAGGAUUACUUUUAAUGCAGCAAAUGCCAGAAGAAGAAGCUUUUGCUGUACUCGUAGCGUUAAUGCAAGAGUAUCGCUUACGGGACAUGUUCAAACCAAGUAUGGCUGAAUUAGGGGUAUGCAUGUAUCAGCUAGAACACUUAGUUGCUGAUGCACAUCCCGAACUUCAUGCUCAUUUCACGGCCCAAGGUUUCCAUACGUCGAUGUAUGCAUCUUCUUGGUUUCUUACACUAUUUACCACAGCGCUAAGCCUUCCCCUAGCGUGCCGCAUUUUUGACGUCUUUCUAUCAGAGGGGAUGGAAAUUAUCUUUAAGGUUGCAUUGGCGAUGUUGCAGUUAGGCAAGGAAGAUUUGCUCAGUUUGGAUAUGGAGGGCAUGUUAAAGUUUUUCCAAAAGCAAUUGCCUGGAAAGGCCGAAAAAGAUCCCGAUGGCCUCAUGACGCUCGCAUAUGGAAUGAAAAUCAAUCCGAAAAGAAUGAAGAAAUUAGAAAAAGAUUAUACCAUCUUAAAGAUGAAGGAGCAAGAAGAGAUGGUCGAGUUACGCAGGCUCAGAGCAGAAAACAGAUUGCUUAGACAAAGAACUGAACUUCUAGAAGCUGAGUCCGCCGAGUUGGCCGAUAGAUUAGUUAGAGGUCAAGUGUCACGCGCCGAAGAGGAGGAGACCGCUUUCAUAGCGCAGAGAGAAUUGGCAGCGCUUCGCCAUUCGCAUCUCGAGACGAGUCAUCAGCUCGAACAAGCUCAUGAGGAAUUGAGAUCAUUAUCGAUCCUUCUCGAGGAGAAUGUGACGUCUAGACAGUCGUCACUCGACGAGAUAUUAGUGAAGCAAGAAGCAUUAUCGCAAAAGGAGGAAAUGAUACAAUGCUUGCAAGAGGAAUUGGUUAGAGUUAGAUUACACGAGGCGGAAAACGAUGCACUGAUUCGGGAACUCAGAGGAAGGAUACAAGAAUUGGAACAAGAUAAGAAGACUUUGCGCGAAUCGACACCGGACAAUUCCGUUGCUCAUUUGCAAGAGGAACUUAUUGCAGUUAAGCUUAGAGAGGCGGAAGCCAAUUUAUCUUUAAAGGACCUACGGCAGAGGGUCAUGGAGCUAAGUGCAGCUUGGCAGAGGCAUCUACAAGAGCAUCGGUCCGCUCAAUCAGCGCCUGCCGCUGAUUCUACGCCAAAGAAGCUGCUCUUCUGGGAGAAUCGGGGUCACGAGGUGCAGAAGUUUGAGGAAGACUUAAUGACAACCAGAAUUCGAGAGAUGGAAGCGUUGACUGAAGUUAAAGAAUUACGACUUAAAGUUAUGGAGCUUGAAACUCAGGUGCAGGUAGCGACUAAUCAGCUCCGUAGACAAGACGAGGGUGGGAAAGUACUUAAAGACGAAUUGGAAGCUGCGUUAGCACGGGAGAAGGAUCUGGCUGCCAAGCUGAGAGAACAACAGCACAAGUAUUCCGAUCUGGAAUCGAAAAUGAAAGACGAAGCUAUGAUGGCCAGGAUACGCGAUGCCGAACACGCGCAGCAAGUGGCGGAACUUACGCAGAAAAUAUCUCUUCUCGAGUUGAAGAAUGAAGAGAUGCAUGCGGAAGGCGAACUUAGGAAUAAUUUAGAUGACAGUGAGAAAGUAAGGGAGCUUCAAGAUAAGGUCGCUGAAUUAAAGGCCGAGGUCAUGCGACUAGAGAGCUGGAAACAACGGUGGACGGGACUCGGCGGGCAAACCGUGCGAAGCUUUAGCGUCGAUACUGAAAGCGAAUUGGACGAGCGGGAUCUCAGAAUUUGCUUGCAGGAUCAUAUCAAUACGACCACGCCAAACUCACCCGAGGUAUAGAAUUCUAUGUAUACCAAGACCAUUAGGCAGCUAACAAUACUCCGUUAUCGAUGCGCACGAACCUUUUGUUCGUCGUCGGCUUUUGCUGUAGCAAAUAACGCGUAUGCGCUUUAGACUGUAACACGACAGUAGACCGUAAUAAUCCCGUUUAGUUACGUGUAUUACUAUUAGGCCAAAUAUAACAAAUACGCAUAGCCGUUAAUUAAUUAUGCUAAUAACGAUGACGAAACGAAACAAUGAAGCAGUAACGAUAGAUGCUUUCGGUAAUCGAAGUAAUCUCGAUCGUAAUCAGGGCAACAAUUAUUUAAAAAAAAACUUGGUUGUAAUUUACAUAAUUCGGCAUGUUGAAAUUUCUUCAGAACGAUAUAACAAAAUAAUGGUUUUUCACCGUGGCAAAUAUUGUUUAUUUUACUAUAGCAAUAUUAUUUUUAUUAGUAUUAUAUUUUAUAGAUUAUAUUAUAUUACACAGAGUAUUAUAGAGCAUAUGUUAAUUGUAGCUAAUAGCAGAGUAUUAUAGAAUAUAACUAACACUUGUUUAUAUUAAGCAGUUAAUGUUCGUAAUAGUAAUCUAUAUUUGAAAGAGAUUUAUGUAAUCGGUACAUGAUAAUCUCAAACAAAUUAUCAAAAUUUGAAGCAUGCAAAUUUGAAUUUGAUUUUUCCAUUAAAAACUAAUUCCAUUCCAUAAUUGCAGAAAGUAUUUUAUAUAACAUGUUUCUUAUUAAGCUGCGAAUUUGAAUUUUAAUAAUUAAUUUCUCGACAUUAGUAGGACUAAUUUGAAUCAAGAACUUUGAAUCGGAUUAGUCGCUCUUGUCGAAAUAUACAUUCUUCUAAUAACUUUGAUAAUUCUCCAAGGAUUUCGAGAAAGACACGCAUUCCAACUCUCGCCUAAUCUCUUAUCUCAUUUUCCUGGAAGAGAGCAAUUAUCGAAAUUAAUAAGAUUAAUUUUAAUAAUUGAUAUCUAUUUUUUAUUAUCUAUAUUUUCGCGAUACGAAUAUAGAUUUUUGUAAAAAAUCCAUAUUUAUUUUUUAACAAAUACAGGACUUAAUGUAUGAUAUGUCAAUAUUUCGUCAAUAUUUGAAAUGUGGAUUUUUGUGUUAUCUAAAGAUCCGGACUGUCUCUUUUCUAACUUCGAAAGCUUGAUUACGAUCCGUAGAUUAUACGAAGAUUAUCAUAGACUUUCCGUGACACACGCAACUGUUUUUUAUACGCAUGAUAUACUCUGUGUAUUUUUUGUAAUUCAUACCAAAUGUAAUCGCAUUUAAGAAGUUAUAUAUAUUUAAUGCCGGAAAACGUGGGGACAGUGAUGUAUCACCGUUUUUUAUAAAAAUAUGUAUUUAUAUAUUAUAUACAUGUAUAUGUAUGUAUGUGUGUGAGUGUGUGUGUGUCACGAUGAAUCAUCGCAUACGAAUUCACGAUAUUCAUACAACACACAUAUACUGCGUGCGUUACUCGAAUCGAAAUUUAAUUAUCUAAAGUUUAAGACACAUUAUAUAUUCUCGAACAAGAGAGUAUCGAAUUCUUAUUAUUGUUGUUCUAUAUAUGUAUAUUAUUUGUAACAUAUUUAACGAAUUUCUUAUAAAGAAAAAAAAGUAAGAUUAAUUUUUAUGGAUAAUAUGCAAUUUGCGCACAGCACGAAGUGUGUAUAGUUAAUUGAUGAUCAAUUUUACGAGGAAUUGUAAAAAAAAAAACGCGAUAAAUCGACCGUAAAUUGUUCCGAAGGAGAAACGCAAGAGUCGUCUCUCUCAAUUGAUUCCGGAUUGCUGAAAUUGAAACCGGACGAGGUAAUCGGAGGUACUUGUAAAAAUUAGCACCUCUGAGCAUAGCUCGCUCCUUUACCGUGACUUGGAUAAUUACUUCCAAUGUAAGCAUUCGCGUCUAGCUACUUUCUUUUACAGCAAGUCACCUUAGCCUACUUGCAACGCGUCUUCUCUCGCUUGGCCUAAAUCGUUACGUCCCAUUCCUUUUGUUGCGUCAAAUAACCGGGCAUUGUUUUCAACCGUGUCACAGUCGUAAAUCCGUGUAUCAACGCGUGAACCACUGAGUCACUUUCGACAGGAGCCCUCUUCGCUUUUCACGCAUGCAUGUGUGCAAAUUAGCAUGAGCGUGUCGUUAACGAAGUUACGACUGCGGCAAAACGAUACUAAUAUUUUUUUUCGCAACCUUUUGCGUCGCGCGAAAACGAAUCCGCGCAGAUUUGUAGUGAGAGACAAGGUACCAAAAUUGAUAUUAAUUAAGGAUCGAACGGAGGAUUGUAGAAAACGCGAAUGAUAUUGACUGUUCACGACGUGUCGAGCGAUGUAUUUAUUUAUAAGUAGCACGGCGAGGAAUAAAUGUGCAAGACCGAGGAGAAAGUGACGUUUGUAUCUAUACGUUUCUGAAUUUAGCACAGAUAUUUACAGCGGCUCUUUUCCGAUUCUGUUUGCGCACGUCAAAGUUGUGCUGUUAAAUAAGAUUACACGCUGCUAUACGGAGACUCGAUUUAAUCACCACGAAUUCUUGGCGUCGUAGAAUAGCGGUGAGUUACGACGUGCGAACCGCGUUCUAGUAUCACAGUAGCUAUCUGUAGUUUCUGCGUCAUUGAAUCUGUGUAUAUAGACUGUCCUAGACCUGCCGAGCUGUCUUUCAGCCUCGAACAGCCGAGUUAUUAAUUAAAUCCGCAAUUGCUUCGACGUUGUGUGGCUUCGAUAUAAUUAUGAAAUUAUCUGGAGGGAGAAAUUGUGCAAAUUGAAGAGUGCGCUUAAGCGAGUUAAGCCCCAAAAGCGCUAGUCGAUAAUUAAAUUGUUACUGUUCAGUAAGCUCGAAGCGAAUCUGACGUCAAUGAUAAUUUAGUUUAAUUAUUUAUCUUGAAUUGAAGCUUUCAAUGACUGUGAUACGAUCUCUUUUCAGAGACUAGAGCCGCUACGUCGAAGCAGGGUAGACUUCAGUCUAAUUUGCGGCGUAAAAAGAAAGAAAACGACUGAUAUAGAAUCUAUUGAAAUAAUGCAAAAGUACGGCUCGCUGGGUCGGGAACACCUAGUGUACACGAUGCGAAUUCAUUCCGUUUAAUUGAAUUAUUGAUCGUGGCGCGAUGAAAAUGAAGUAACAAAUAAACAACUACGAUUGCAUCCAACGGUAUCAAUAAAUUAAGUUACAUAUA